AUGUAUAAUAAUCAUAUUGAACUUAUAGGAGACGAUCAGUUUGUUAACUUUUUAAUGGAUUAGAAUUAGUAUUAAUUUAUUAAUAAAGAUUAAAUUUUCCAUAUGUUAAUAGUAGCUCAAUUAUGUAAUGUCAAAAUUCUGAUGAAGAUGAUCCAAAUAAGUUAUUUUCUAUAUAUCAAUUACCUAAAUAAACUUAAAGAAAGAAAUAAUAAAAAAAGAAAAAAUCAGAAGAAACAAUCUUGA